AUGAGGUUUGUAAGGUUUAAUAGUACCUGUACUAAAUUCCUACCAUUGAUAGAAAAUUAUAAAACUCUUCGUCAUAUUCAUUUCCCCGGUAUUACACCAUUUAAUAAAGGUCAACAAAUUCAAUCUGCUAUAGUUAAUGCAAAUUUAGAUUUUAAGAAACUUGAAGCAAAGAUUAUUCGUCAACAAAAGGAAAUCCAAACUCUGGGCUAUUCUUUGCUGGAUUAUGAAGAUGAACUUAUAAAUAAAGUUCUUAAAAUGAAACCUUUCCCAACUUUAUUAACUUUUGAAUUUGAAAAUGUUUAUACUGGUGGAAAGAAGUUAAAACAAGAUCCAAAACUUGAAGAAAAAAUUGCUGGAUUUGAAGCAUUGGGUUGUAAAUAUCAUCAACUUGAAAGAGGUGGACAAACAACUUGGCAUGGUUCAGGUCAAUUAGUAGCCUAUUUGAUUUUAGAUCUUAAAAAAUUUCAAGAUUUAACUGUGAAAUGUUUUGUUGAUUCUGUUUUACUUCGAGCUAUUCAAGUAACCUUAGAUAAAAACUUUGGAUUAAAAGGUUUAUUAAAUGAAAAUCCAGGUAUCUGGAUGGCUCCUAAUGAUCUUAAAAUUGCUUCAGUUGGUUGUAACAUUCAACGUGCCAUUACUUCUUAUGGAAUUUCUUUGAAUGUCAAUCCAGAUUUGAAAUUCUUAAAUACUUAUACAAUGUGUGGUCUUCCAGGUACUCGUGCUACUUCUAUUAAAGAAAUGGCUCCUGGGUUUGAUCCUACUGUAAAAGAGGUAUCUUUUGAAUAUGCCAAAGAAAUCGCUAGAAGAUUGAAUAUUGAUACUGUUGAGCAUAUGAGUGGUGAAGAAAUGGAGGUGUAA